UCAUCGGCCAUCCCCCAAAACCCCUCUUUUCAUCUUCUUCUUUUUUUUUGUUUUCUAUCCUUGCAAGCUUUCAAAUUUUUAUUUAUUUUCCCGAUCGGCGGAAUUUUCGCCGGUGAUGUAAUUUUGCCGCUCUUUUUUGGAGGUGAAAAUUGUUUUUUUUUUUUGUUUUUUUUGGUUAUUCUAAAGAACAAGCUCUCGAAAAGAGUGGAAGAAAACACGACAUGACCUUGCGAUUCGUAUGGCACCGGCUGUUUUGGCUACCUUAAACGAACCCUCGUACCUGGAACAAUGCGGCGCCGUUUUUAUGAGGAAAUUUACAAACCAAUCCCUCCCCGAAAACACCAAUCACCUUCCUCCUCUCCUCAACCCUAACCCUAAUUUCGACAAGAGCAAUUCCAGCAAGCAGUUCGAUGAUUCGUCAAGUUUUGGAAGCUACGCUACUUUUAAUGUCGCUGGGUACACCUCCAAUCAGCUCAGGGAGUUGAAGAAGCGUUUCACCUCUGAGCUCGAGCAGGUUCGGAUCUUGAGAGAACGGAUCGAGUCAGGGACGUUCGAUACUCAGCAAUCUUAUACUUUACCAGAGGUACCCGCCGUUCGAUCAGCUCCCUUGAAUAGCUUCGCCGGUCAAACGAAUGAACUUGGACCGAAAAAGAAGAAGCAGAAGAAAAAUUUGUCAGCUCUGAAGCGAUGCAAUCAAUUGGCUUUGGAUCCGGAGUCGGAGAAAUUGUUGGCUGGUAUGUUGAAUACUUGUGGCCAGAUCUUGGUGAAGCUGAUGAAGCAUAAGUGGGCGUGGGUGUUCAAUACCCCUGUUGAUGUGGUUGGCUUAGGGCUUCAUGAUUAUCAUGUGAUCGUGAAGAAACCUAUGGAUCUGGGUACCGUUAAGUUGAAUCUUGACAAGGGGUUCUACGUUUCGCCGCUUGAUUUUGCUACCGAUGUUAGAUUGACAUUCAACAAUGCAAUGGCGUAUAACCCAAAGGGACAAGAUGUGUUCUUUAUGGCUGAGAAGCUUCUUGAUCAUUUUGAUGGAAUGUUCAACCCCGCAUUCAAGAAAUUCGAGGCUCAGCAGCGAAAACUCACUGGUUCAUCUUCUCGUCCUGAACCUGAGUUCAAAGCCGAGUUUAAACCUGAGUUCAAGCAAAGACAGUGGAAUCAGGACCCCAUGGUGGCGAAUCCGAGGAAAGGGACUGAACAAAUAUCUAUAGCUAAGAAGCUUGAUUCAGUGAAGCCGCCUCAACCUACAUUGCCUCCUCAAUUAGUCGAGCCUACACGUGUGCAAUCUCCUUCUCCUCCUCCCCCGCCUCCUCCGGUGGUUCAACCUCGGCCUCAGUCACCACUUCCGCAGCCCGUUACUGAAGUAGAAGUACCUCCUGAUUUGAGUGAAGUGACAAAGGGGAGGAAAGGGAAGUUGCCUAAGCCUAAGGCCAAGGAUCCAAACAAAAGAUUGAUGACAAUGGAGGAGAAGUCUAAGCUUGGUAUGAAUCUACAAGACUUACCUCCUGAGAAGCUUGGACAGUUGGUUCAGAUUCUCAAGAAGAGAAACGGACAUUUAGCUCAAGAUGGAGACGAAAUUGAGCUCGAUAUAGAAGCUGUCGAUAAUGAGACUCUAUGGGAGCUUGAUCGGUUUGUGACGAAUUACAAGAAGAUGGCUAGCAAAAUCAAGCGCCAAGGGUUUAUCAGGAACGUCACAACUCCACCUAGAAACAUGACCUCGUUGGCAGAAAUAGGUAGUGCGGAGAAAAGAACGAGAAAAGGAGAUGGAGGGGAAGAGGAUGUAGACAUUGGAGAAGACAUACCAAUAGAAGAUUACCCAUCAGUAGAGAUCGAAAGAGAUGGUACUGCAGUAGCAGCAGCUGCUAGUAGUGGCUCUAGUUCUUCAGGCAGUUCCAGUUCUAGUAGUGGGUCCUCGUCUAGUGAUUCAGGGUCAGGAGGGAGUUCAUCAGGUAGUGAUUCUGAUGCAGAUAGCGUUCAAUCGCCAUUUGUGGAAGCAAAAGAAGCUCAAUGAUAGAAUCAUUUGGGAUUUAGCCAUUAUUUAUGUCCUGAAGUACUAGGGAACGUUUAGCUGUGGGGGUGUAAAGGGAGGAGGGAAGGAUAGGAAUGGAUUUGUUGUUUCUUUGGAUACAAACCUUAGGAAGCAGUUUUAGUUAGAGAAAAAAUGUAAUGGAUAGAUAGAGAGGACGCUAGUUUAAGCAAGAAGAGUUCGUUAUUUAAUUACCUGUUAGAUUUAGGAGUUGUUUAGUGUAAUUGUGAAAUGCUGAACAGUGGGUGAGAGUCUUUUUGGGUUUUAUGACAUUUAUAUUUUUCUUGUUGCUGUUAGUGUUAAAGAGUUUGGUUGUGGAAGAGAAGAAAGAAAUCUAUGCUAUGUAGUAGCUGAGAGAUGUAAAUGGUUGAAAUAUCAGAAAAGAUCUUAUUCGUUGA